CGGAGCUGGAGGCGCACGACGUCGCGGCGCACCCGCUUGUUGUGAGGGUGGUAGCUUCUUCUCGGGCGGGGGCUGGGGCGGGGUCAUCGGCGGGUGGGGCGCAAGAGGGAGGGCGGGCUGGAGAGGACCGGGACGGGGCAGUCGGCGGGGAAAGGGGAGGGUUCCGGCUGAGGACGGCCAGGGAACAUGUGGUGCCCGAGUUGGCGGUUCCGUCGCCGGUGUUGGGCGGGUCGAAUCUGGAGAUGUUGAUUGCGGAAGCGGGUGAGCUGGCUGGGGCAGCCGCUGAUGGGAUGGGGGCUGUGGACGAUGCGGUGCUCGUGCCGACGGUGGAUGUUGCCGCCACCAUGGCGGGACACGUCGCGCCGGUGGGGACGCCGGUGCAUAUGGCGCUUCUGGUUGGGGAUGGCGUUCUUGGGGCGGCAUCCAUCCUGUCGCUGCCGUUGCUGGAGGGGCCAGACGUCAUCGCUGGGGCGGUUAAUUUUGCGAAGAUCGGGAAGGAAGACCUGGCACAAUGCCCGCUCGUUGCGGUCAACGUGGACGCUGGUGGCGAGGGCCUGGCGCUGUUCCGUGCCGACGUCCGCAACGCGCUGAAGUACGAGGCGCUGUGGACCGAGGCCAACGUGGGCCGGAUCAGUGAGUGGCUCAGGCGUGGUGCGCUACCGGCCGGCGAAGCGGGUAUGAAGGCACCCGUCCGGAAUCUGAUUUGCUCUUUGCUUCGGAACGCCCGGGCUGCCGUUCAGGAUGAAGAGUCACGCGAUUUGUCCUCGAAUCUGAAGGCAAAGGUCGCGCCUGGCACUGCCGCUCGUCUAGACCAAGCACUGUCUGAAUGGGCGCAGAAAGCGCAUGCCGAGUUGCAGCAGCAACUGGAUGCUGCCUUCGCCACCCGCCCGUGGAGCAAGCUUGGCUGGUGGAAGCUGUUCUGGCGAGCGGACGACGUCGGCAUGGUCACGUCGGAGCUGGUCGCGCUCCGUUUCCUUCCCGAGGCAGAAAAGGCUAUGAUAUACCUUGCUGGGCGCAUCCAAGAGGCUGGUGCUAUGGAAGGCCAGCAGGGACAGCCCAUCUACACGGGGCCAGCGUUGCCACCGCCUUUGGCUGGAGCUCGGAGUGCACACACAGUCGCACCGGAGUCUGUCAGCAAAUGGCCGACGCACAUCCCGUUCACACGGAACUAUCUGCAGGAGAAGACGGUCCCUGCACUGCAGGCUCUGGCGCAGAAGCUCGUGGUGCAGUCGGCGAGCCUAGCAGGCCUCAGCACGGCCCUGGCGGGGCUUUCCUACCUCUCUGGACUCGGGGCAUACGAGUGCGGGGCGAUUGCGGCGCUCGGCAUUGUCCUGAGCUUCCGGCGCCUGCAGCAGAAGUGGGACGCGGCCAGGGAGUACUGGGAGAGCGAGGUGCGCGAGGAAGGCCGCAAGGCGAUCCGCGCAACCGAGGCCAGCGUUGCUGAGGUGCUAGACAAGGCUGGCAAGGCUCUUGAUUCUCGAGCUGAUCGGACUGCGCAGCUGGAGGAGCUGAGGAACAUCGAAAAGGUCAUCGCACGAGCGGAGGAGGCUCUUGCGCGGAUCAAGUAGUUUUCUGGCGGCGUGGCUCGCCCUGUAUACAACAUGUACUUUUACAUGAUAGAUCCUCAGUCUCAUGGCUCGAUUAGAUCACGGGCCGAGCCAUUCCAAAGUUGACAUCUUGCCCUCGCGCGGGCAGCGCGACG